GGUUGUAUUUCACGACAGUUCUGGGGAACUACUGUGGAAUUGUGACGCUGGUGGUUCAUUGGAGAUGGAAAGAGCAAUGUACCUGCUUGAAAUACGCAAAUACUGCAGAUGGACAGAGAGAGAUAAGACUGCUAAAUGACUCCUGUGUAGUCAUCAGCAUGGCAGAGAGGGGAAGUAGCCAAUAGCACACAGACACUGAGGUCACAAAUGCUCAAACACACACACACACACACACACACACACACUCACUCUCUCUCUCUCAUGCCAUCACUCACAAAAAAACAUUCAGGACACACAGAGAAACUCUCUCCUACCUAAGGGCCACCAGCCCACGUACAGACUGGGUAGAUUCCCUGGGCGCUGAUUGUUGCCACUAUGGACCCUGAGGAGCUUAGUGCUCUCAGCACAGCAAGACACGGAGAGCAGAACAACAAGUCUGAUGUGAAGGCCAUCACGGCUCGCUUCAACACGGGGGGAAACUCCACAGAGGGUAUCUCUACAGGACGUACCAAAGCUGCAGUGCACCCCACUCUGUCCUCUGGACCCCCCUUCCAGCCUAAGAAACCUGUCCUGGAGACCAGCCUAUCAGGCAGCGCAGCAUCCACCGUGCCCAAACCCAACUUCCUGAAGAACACUGUCUCCACCAAGAGUGCCCCAGAAGUUAGGGAGUUGCCCAAAACCAAAGCGAUCGCUAGUAUGUUUGAAAGUGCCCAAGAGGACAGCCAACCCUCUGUCAAACAGUACCCAUUUAAACCCAAACCUUCUGGCCCAGAAGUAUCCCAUGACGCUGAGGUCAAAAUUCCUCUGCCAAAACCCCCUCUCCAGAAGCCCUCUCUGAGCUCGACCCUGUCUGGCACCAAGCCUGCCUUCCCCAAACCACCCCUGUGUGUGGCCAAACCCACCUGGGGCAAAGACAGAAGCUCCAAACCUGACGACAGCGGGGUUACGCCGAACAAAUUACCCCCUUCCAUAAAACCCAUCAGCUCCAUUGCAAAGAUGCGGCUUCAGACAGAGGAUAGUGUGGCUGGCGCUGUGGAUUCUACAAUCAAACCGUUCACACCAAGCACUACCCUCAAGCCCACAAACUUCAGGACUGCUCAGAAUGCAUUCAAUCGAGGAGAGACACUAUCUGAGGAAGGAGUGAAAGAAAUAACCAAACUCCCCCUCACCUCCAGUGACUCUUGUCCCCCCAAACCUAUAGCCAGUAAGAAACCCAGCUUUACUAAGAAGCCACUGGGCCACACCAUUCCAGUCGCGGGGUUGAACCCUUCUGCCCUUACCAGUAGCUCUUCUUUCCCCAAAAGGAACCCACUGCCUAAUAUCCUGGCACUGGGGACUGCCCCAGCCAAACCCAACCGGCCUCCUAGGGUCAACUUGGAAAAGUUCAAGAAGGGCACAGAGGCUAGUACCGAUGGUCCUGCUGGGGUUAGAAAGGGAAGUGUUCCUCCACCUCCUGCCUCUCACCCCAGUAACCAUGUGGCCCCACCCCUGCCCUCGAACCCCAUGGCCCCUAGCCUGCCACCGCGACCACCAGGAGCCAUAAUCCAACCUGACCCAGAUGAGAACUAUGAUGAUGUGGGGUUAAUGAACAACCCUCCUAGUAAAAGGAAUGAGGACAGUGAAAGUGAUGAAAUGUAUGAAGAUCUUGAUGAAAGAUGGGAAUCGUCAAAGGAACAAGAGAAAAAGCGAGAGAGGGAGGAGAAAAAACGACAGGAGGUGGAAAAGAAAGAACAGAAAGAACGCGAGAGGAAAGAACAGGAGGCCAGAAAGAAAUUCAAACUGACUGGUCCACUGGAGGUCAUCCACAGGGCCAAGGCCAGAGUGGACAGUAAAGGGAGCAAGACGGACCUGGGGCUGAAGCAGGGAGAGUCUAUUGACAUCAUGCGUGUUUUGGACAACCCAGAGGGCCGCUGGCUGGGAAGGUCACAGGAUGGCUCCUAUGGCUAUGUGAAGACUGAGUCAGUUGCGAUUGACUUUGACACUCUGAAGCGUCAGGGUGUGUCUAUACCCAGUCAGAUGGAACACGAACCGGAGGUAUAUGAUGACGUGGACUUUCAUAAUAACCUCGGCAGUGGGAUCAAGGGUCCAGGAAUGGUUCUUCCUCCACCACCUGAGGAGGAUGGGGAUGUAUAUGAUGAUCUGGACGAGUCAAGCUUCAACGUCAGAGUACCUCCACCUUCCCAGUUUGAUCAGGAAGGAAAUACUGGUAAAGUCAUUGAUGAGGAAAUCUAUGAUGAUGUGGAUGUCACUAACUUCCCUCCGACUCCACCUUCUCCACAAAGUAAAACCAAGGAUAAGGCUGAGGACAAAGAUCCUAAAAAGCUAAAGAAAUUUGAGAAGGAAGAGAAGGAUUUCAGAAAGAAGUUUAAGCAUGAUCGGGAGAUCCAGGUAUUGUAUCAGGUGACCAUCGUUUCCACCUUGGCCAAUAAGAAGUGGAGCAGUAAAGAUCUGCCGUUGAGACCUGGGGAGACUGUGGAUGUCAUCGUUGAGCCUGUGGACAACAAGCUCAUCUGCAGGAACAUGGAGGGCAAGUUUGGCUACGUCUUGACUAGCCAUAUUGUAGUAGAAGAUUCUGAUAUCUAUGACGACAUUGGUGAUGAUUGCAUCUAUGACAACGACUGAUCACUGUGUGCCAAUAUCUUSUUUUUUGGUUUGUUUCUUGUUUUACAUCAAUCUUUAUCUUAUUUAUUGUGGUUCUUUUUGGGGUGAUAUGACAUUUUCAUUCAAGAACAAUACAGUCCACAAAUUCAGUACUUUCUCUAUGUUUUCCCUUUAUGAAUAACUGUGACUACAAUGUAUAGGCCUAAAUUACAUACAAUGUUGCAUUUUUAUAUUGAAAUGUAGGUUACAUUACAUGGCUUUAUCACAUUGAAUACUUAUAUUCUAUAUUUAACAAGACACAUUACACACUGAUUGACAACAAAGGUGUGAUGAUGAUGAGGAUGAUAAACUUAAAUAGUCAUCAUAAAUUAAUUUACUAUGUGAUGCCAAAUAAAGCAUUUCAGAUCAGUUGUCAUAGUUGGCUGGUUAUCACCUGACAGGUGUGUUACCUAUGUCAUAUUGUACUGAAAGUCAGAGGCCAUGACAACCUUAGAGUUUAUGCGAUAGGUCUGACCUUUCUGACUGAGAGUGUGAGGGAACAAAUGCCUUGGUUUCUUAAAAAGCCCAUGUCAUAGAAAUGCAUCUGAUUCACAUAAUAACAAAUACAAUAAAAUAAAUGAUUUGCCCUUCA